CUGAAACACAGCUGACAUCAAGUAGUUUUCCAAGCAGGCAGAAAAAACAAACAAACAAUAUACAAGCAAAAACACGUGGUGAAAUAAUUAAGAAAAUUAGAAGAACCAUGAACGAUGGAUCAACUGUUUCAACAGUCACUAGUUACACGCGGUACACACUGAUCGCAUCCGUUGCAUUAGUGUGUAGCUGCCUCAAUUUUUACCAUGUAUCUACCAUGUUUGAAAAUGAUCGACACUUUUCCCAUCUCUCCACUCUUGAGAGGGAAAUGACUUUCCGCACUGAGAUGGGCUUUUACUACUCAUAUUAUAAACGAAUAGUCAAUGCUCCGUCAUUCAUCUCUGGGCUUCAUCAUAUCAUGAAUGACAAUAAAACUGAAUAUCCAUCUACUAUUAACACGUUACAGAGAUUCAAUCUCUAUCCCGAGGUAAUUUUGGGAGCUGCAUUUAGAGGAUUUGUACACUUUGCAAAAUUGAUUGGCAUCAAAACAAAAGAAUGUUGGCAAGUUGAUCGUGGUGACGAUUUACCGACUGUUUGGAGCUGCGAAGGCUUGGGAGAUGCUUCAUAUUUUUACAUCAAUGGAGUGUGGGUUUUUGCAGGAAUCACGGCCGCCCUCAUUUUCAUUUAUGGUUGCUACCUGAGCCGUUCCAUAUUUGGUGGCAUAAUUGCAAUUUCAAGUUUUUUCUUCAACCAUGGAGAGUGCACACGCGUUCAGUGGACUCCUCCUUUGCGAGAGAGCUUUGGCUAUCCUUUGAUUUUGGCCCAGAUUUUAUCGGUCUCUUGGUGUUUACGUCAGACUGCGCCUCACUGGAAACAUUUGUGCUGUAUUGCCUUUACUACGUCGGCUUCGCUAGUCACUUGGCAAUUUUCGCAAUUUGUCUUCCUCACCCAAUUGCUCAGUUUAACGGUGUUGUGGAUUCAAAAUUCUGCUCCACGUCCCAACAUAACAGUGGUUUUUCUUGGAAAUCUGAUUGGACUGCAAAAUGCUAUCGUAUUGCUAUUCGCAAAUGAAAUGCUCUUGACAUCUCUAUACUCGUGUUCAGUCGUCGUGUUACUCGGGUUCAUUGUGUUUCUUCCCCAUUUCUCAUCUCGCCCUCAAAGUGAGUGGAUGAAACUUAGGAACACAGUCAUGCAUGUUGCAAUGGUCUGCAUCGGUACUUUUCUUUUAAGAUUUUGCGUGUCAGCUCUGUUAGGAUCGAAAGACGAUGCUCAUAUUUUCAAUCUACUGAGAUCAAAAUUCACUUCCUUCCGUGACUUCCAUACAAUGCUCUACACUUGCGCAGCUGAAUUUGACUUUUUGUCACUGUCUACCAUUUACCGACUGUCUUCAACCCUUUUACUGCCUAUCGUCUACGCAGCUAUUGGAAGCGUUGCCCUAUACGCUGCAGGUUUUGGAGACAUGACAAAUCAAGGCGAAGUAUGCCAGAAGCGUGUAGCAGCUUCCUUAUCAAUCAAAAAGCAAAGAGAAUCCCGACAUUUGAAAGAAUUAUUAAAAAAUGAAACGGCAUCGCCCCGGAAAGUUGAUGCUGCUGUUCAGUAUAACAUUUUACAACUAAUGGCAUUUAUCAUCAUGGCGGCAACGAUAAUGCGUCUGAAGCUCUUCAUGUCACCUCAUUUGUGUAUAAUUGCAAGUCUGGUUGCUUCUAAGAAGUACAUGUUUUUCGUCAAAGGCAAACUAAUGCACUUGGCGCUGCUGGCGGCGUUAUUAAGCGGGAUGAGCUUUGCCGGUUUACGUAAUCUCAAAGAACAAAGAAGUAUUAUCGGAGAAUACAGUAAUCCAGCUUUAGAGGAUUUGAUUAAUUGGAUUCAAAAGGAGACGCCGCGAGAAGAGGCAGCCUUUGCAGGGCCAAUGCCUAUCAUGGCAUCAAUAUUACUUACUACCCAAAGACCAGUAAUAAAUCAUCCACACUACGAAUAUGCUAACCUAAGAGAACGCACAAAGACAGUCUAUCGGGCGUUUGGUCGUGGCACAGUAGCCGAAUUAUAUCGCUCACUAGUUGAUCUCAAGGUAACGUAUUUCGUUCUCCAGGAUCACUGGUGCUUUGGUGAGCCACGACCCGGAUGCAGCAUGUUGGACGUUUGGGACACAGAUGAACCUCAUCGUAAAGAUCUCAAUCCCUUGUGCUCGGUGUUAUUCGAAGGAAACUCGAGUCCGUUGCAACGAGUCUUCUCCAAUGAGAUUUACGUGGUGUUGCGAGUGCCGUCACGCUACGUUGAAGUGAAACUUCCGCCUCGUCAGUAUCGUCAAUGAGACAAAGCAGUCAGUCACUCUACAGGGAAAGAAUUUUGCUAAAUCAAGAGAAAAGCGAACGAAAGAAAAACAAGAAACCAAGAUAACAUAUUUAAACAAACAAAAUGGUUUUAUUUUACAGCCAAAGUUGUACAUAGGGGGCAUGGAGAACAGUAGACAGAUACGCGAAUACACUUUGCUGUGUUUUAGCGGGAA